AUGGAAUCACUGUGGAUUCUACAACCUGACGUUAGCCAUACGGAUCAACUCUCCAUAGUUAUUAGAUAUGUCUCAAAAACUGGAGAUAUAUAUGAAAGAUUUUUGAUGUUUGUUAAAAUAGAAAAACAUGAUGCCAAGUAUCUUUUUGACACUCUAAUUUCAGUUUUAGAAAAUCAGGGAAUAGACCCAAAAUUUUGCAGAUGUCAGUCUUAUGACAAUGCGGCUAAUAUGAGCGGAGUGUAUUCGGGAGUACAAACUAGAUUUAGGGAAAUCAACAGCGCAGCCACUUGGGUACCAUGUGGAGCUCAUAGUCUUAAUCUAGUUGGCACAGCGGCGGCAGAAAGCUGCUUAGAAGCUGUAAAAUUUUUUGAAAUUUUGCAAUCGCUCUACAAUUUCUUUGCAGUGUCCCCUCAAAGAUGGUCUAAACUAAGGUCUUUGGGAAGUAAAAUUUCUGUAAAAAAGACUUUCAGAGACCAGAUGGUCAGCACGUUAUGA